AUGCUGAUUAGGGCCAAUAAAAGAAUUGUCAAUUACAAAACUAUUAAAUUUAUACUAAAGUAUCUACAUGAAGGUGUGCUUAAGCCUACUUCUAAGGCGUUUUUAUUUGCAUAUAUCUAUGUUGUAUUACCAAAGCUAAUAGACCAUUUAAUAGUAUCUAUCAAAAAGAAAAGAUGGAACGAUAUACUGCCUCGGUUUAUGAAAGUGAUCUUGAAUGCAUUCCAUCCUAACAAGUUUCCUGUGUUUGCAGCAAGUUUGGUUGCAGGGAUAAACAUUCUUGAGCCAAUUGUAUAUGCCAUAUUUAAGAAACAUAGUUUAUUCAAAAUCCCAACUAGAAGUAUAUUCUUCGCAACUUUAAUUUCUUCAUUUAUUUCUGCUGCUAUCAGUUUCCCUCGUUUUCAAAAUCAUAUAUUAGGUUAUGGUAGAUAUUAUUCGUUGGAUUUAACUUUAUUAGUUGUAACUCGUGCCCUUGAUACUGCUUUAUCGUCAUCCUUGUCCGUCAUAAUGCCUCAUUAUAUAUCCAGAUUCGGAGAUGUUGCCUUGUUUAUUGCUUCUUGUACUCCAAUUAUGUUUGCCUGGUUUUAUACUCCGGAGAAACUUCCACCUGCUUAUAGAAAUUGGAUAACUUCAGCCGCUAAUAUGGAUGACGAAUUAAUUGAGGCACUAAGAAGACUCAGAGAUGGAAGCUUGGUUUACGGUGAACAUGGGCCAUAUGAGACGAUAUUACUUCCAAUAUGUGAAAGACACAAUCAAGAUCCUAGUAGAGCCAGUUUGAUUGUUCAUCAACCAGUGGAAUGUGAGUUGGUCCAUGAAUUCAAGACCAAAAAUUGUGAAAUCCAUGCACUUUGGAGAUUUGUCAGAGGCUUUUCUUUUGCAAUUAAGUUAUAUGGACCUUUGAAUGUUUUAGUUUUGUUAUUUCCAGCAAAGGGGUCAAAGUUCUCGGCUCGGGUUAUCAGAGCUAUGAAAGCAUCUGUUAGAUCGUCAGUCUUUUUGGGGGCAUAUAUUUCAUUAUAUUGGUAUGCUGUUUGUUUAUCCCGUUCUAGAUUGUUACCAUAUUUGUUCCCAAAGAAACCAAGAACUGAUUUUGAUAUCACAAUUGGUCCUUCAGCUGGUGCAUUCUUAUGUGGUUUUUCUUCACUUAUAGAGACGGCUCAACGUCGUAAAGAAUUGGCCUUAUUUGUUGCCCCCAGAGCUUUAGGAACAUUUGUUCCAACCGAAGCAUCUAAAAUCAAUUUAAAAAUUGAAUCGCUUGUAUUUUCUGUUAGUUUGGCUGUAUUGGUAGCGUACUCCAGAAGUGAUCCUUCGAAAGUCAGAGGAAUCUUCGGGAAAGGUCUUAAACAAGUAUUUAAUAUCGGUAGCUAUAACUAA